AUGCGCGAGGGAAGCGGAGCGGCGGAGCGGCGGCCGUCGGCGGCCGCCUUGUCUCACGUCCUGGAAGGGUACGAAGCGCUCGAUGUGAUCGGAAGCGGCACGUUCGGCUUGAUCCGCAAGGUCAAGCGCAAGUCGGACGGCGUCCUGUUUGCGCGCAAGGAGCUCAAUUUUGAGCGCAUGAACGAGCGCGACCGCAAGCACAUUGUCUCCGAGGUAAACAUUCUGCGCACACUGCAGCACGAGAAUGUGGUGCGAUACGAGGAGCGCUACGUCGAUACAGAGAACGGCAUCCUCUACAUUGUCAUGGAGCUUUGCGAAGGCGGCGACCUCGGCGCUAUUAUCAAGCGGUGCCGCCGCACACGCACACACCUUCCCGAGGACACGGUCUGGGCGUACUUUGCGCAGAUGACGGCCGCGCUCGAAGCGUGUCACUACCGCGCACCGGCCAACACAGCGGUCGGCACGACGCGCGUGUCGGCCCAUGCCAUCCUGCAUCGCGACCUGAAGCCGGAAAACGUCUUUUUGGACGUCGAUCAGAACGUCAAGCUCGGCGACUUUGGGCUCAGCAAGCAAAUCGCUGCCCAGACCUUUGCGAAUACGUAUGUCGGCACGCCGUACUACAUGAGCCCCGAGCUGGCGUCUGGCCAGCAGUACGACAUCAAGUCGGAUAUCUGGGCGCUUGGCUGUAUCGUAUACGAGCUGUGCGCGCUCUCUCCACCGUUUGAUGCGAACAACCAGGCGGAGCUCACACGCAAGAUCAAGCAGGGCAUGGUCCCGUCGCUUCCCCGGCAGUACUCGCGCGACUUGCAGGACACGGUGAAUGCCAUGCUGCACCUCGACCACCGCCGCCGCCCGACCACGCGACAGCUCCUGCAGGUGCGGCACAUCAAGUGGGCGUGCCGCACGCACGAGCUCGCCGCGCUCCACCGCAAGGUGCAGCUCGACAAGGAGCAGGUCGUGGCACAGACGCGCGCGCUCGAGGCCAAGGAAGACGAGCUCGCAGCGCGCGAGAAAGCCGUCGCCGAGUCCGAGGCGGCGCAUAGCCAGGGCGACGUGCUGGGCGAGCGUGCCAAGCUGCUCGACGAGCGCCAGCUCGCCCUCGAGCAGCAGCACGUCGAGCUCGCGCAGCGCGAAGAGGCGUGCAAGGCCUUUCACGCAGAGCUCGUGCAGCAGUACGAGACGUGGUACAACGGCGAGCGUGUCCAGAUGCACAGCGCGCUCGCCGAAAAAGACGCGCUCCUCGCGCAGCUCCAGGAGCAGCUCGCGGAGAAGGAACACGAGCAGCAGCGGCGCACGAGCGACUCGGUUGCGAUGCCGGGCCGCCUGCCGACGCGGCACGCGCCGCGCAUGCAGCGCCGCGUCUCGCGGGGCCGCGAAACGGACGAGGACCUGCGCACACGGAUUGCAGGCGUGUCGUUCAGCACGCCCCGCAAGCAGGCCGCGGAUCUCGUGGUGUCGGACGAGUGGGAGGACCAAGAGGCGGAGGAACCCGUGCCGAUGCUGCCUGCGCUGGCACGCCUCAAGCGCCUCGAGCCCAAGGCCGACAUUUCCGACUGCUCGAUGAAAGACGCGUCGACCAUCUGGCGCAUCCCGGGCGCCGCAGAAGAGGCGUCCAACUCGCCCAUUCCCCAGAAGCUCCUCGCGGCGCUCCACUCACCCGCGCCGCACAAGCUCGCGGCCGAGCCCGCGAAGCCGAAGCGCGUCUCGCUCCCGGAAGAGAGCGCAGAGGCGGAGGAUGCCGCGGAGUCGCUGCCUGCGUCGCGCACUGUGCCGGACCUGCCGUGCUUGGCGCAGGACCCGCAGUGGCACCUGUGCAGCGAGGAGGAGAAGCCGUCGCCGUUCUUGAAACGCGUCUCGCGCGUGCCGCUCGACGUGCUGUCCAAGCCGGCGUACGACGACGACGCGCCGGAUGCGCAACUCGUGCCGGGGCCCGCCAAGCUCGCAGCCGCGGCCCCAUUUGCACACGACCAAGAGAACCAGCCGGUGAUGCGCGCGCGCAAGUCGUUUGCCGAGCAGCGCAAGCGGCGCUCGUCGCUCCUUCGGCCGCCCGACGCGCGCGAGCCCCGGGUGCGCGAGGCGAGCCGUGUGCCGGUCCCGCGGCCCCAUAUCCCCCCGGCGAGCCCCAUGGGACGUGUCGGUGCGCACGGGCGCCCCCAGACCUCGGCAAACCUCUCGCCCCGCGCGCCGCGCGCGCGCCUCGCCAAGGCCACUUGUGCGGUGCUGCGUACCGACUUCCCCUUUCAGAGCCCCGGCCCGCCACCGCUGCCGAAGGAGGACCAGCUCGAGUUUGAGCGUCUUUUGCGCGAGAACGAAAAUAAGACGCCGUUUGUGGCCGAGGACGAAGAAGGAAACGCCGCAAACCUGCACCCCGACGCGAUCAGGGGCCCCGGCGCCGAGUUCGAGGGCGACACGAACCCGCAGACAGGCGAGGUCGGCGGCCCCAAGUCAGAUCCGCUCAAGUGGAAAUCCGAGUGGGCGUACGGCGGGCGCGCCGUAGACUUUUAG